CCCGGGACUCGCCACACACGCAAGCACACUCGUCAGAUACAAAAGCCCACUGAACGCUCCCUGCCACUGUGCAUCUCCAUCGCCGAGACUGAUGAUGCCUCCUGAUCUUUGAUGGACUGAAUGACAAUGGGUUGUUGGAUGGAUGAACCGGCCUGACACCGAUUGACACGUCCUGAUCGUAUCUUUUCGUUGAUCUCUCUUUUGCUUGAAUCUUUGCACGCCGUCCCCGUCCUCCUCCUCUGCUUCCUUCCCGUUAUAACCCGGCUGAUGCACGGCGUCGUCUCGCUAGCUUCAGCUCAGAUCCAGUCGUCCACGGUCACUUGCAGCGGUAGCCGUCGUCCUCGUCGCCACCUUGCCGCCGCUUUGCUCCCUGUCGCCGUCCUCUGAUGCAUCAUCCUUCGCACAUCUUCAGCUGCAGGGCGGAGCAGGGCGCGGGUGGAUACCACGUCGGGGACGGCGCCCUCCCUCUCCCUCCCGAUCUCCCGUGCAGCCCCAACCCCUGCUCCAAGUCCUCCAGCAACCUCACCGUCGCCACCUUCGUGCCGUCGCUCAACGCCGCGCAUGGAGGAGUAGAGGCUUCUCUGGGCAUGGCAGCGCCGGAGAUGGUGGCGACAGAUGCCGGCCGGUUCUGCCUGCCCUGGGCUGCGGCGGCCGCCGCGGCGCGGUUCGAGAACUGGGGCGACUCCAGCAUCGUCGUCACGAGUCCGCUCGCGGAGACGACCUCCACCGACGUCGACGACAAGCGCCACGCUCCAAUGGGUGGAACCAUGACGCAGGGAGUCGCCGGAUAUGUGGAUUCGUCGGCGGUGUCCAGGGAACGACGAGGGGAUCACAAGGUGCAGAGGAGGCUUGCGCAGAACCGCGAGGCGGCCCGGAAAAGCCGCAUGAGGAAGAAGGCGUACAUUGAGCAGUUGGAGAGCCGCCACGCCAAGCUGGCGCAUCUUGAGCAAGAGCUCCAGAGGGCCAGGCAGCAGGGGAUGUUCAUUGCAAGUGGAUGCGCAGGCGAUCACGGAUGCUCUACUGGAGGCACCUUGGCAUUCGAUUUGGAGUACGCGCGUUGGCUGGACGAGCACCAGCGCCACAUCAACGACCUCAGGGUGGCCCUGAACGCGCAGAUGGGCGACGACGAGCUGUGCGUCCUGGUGGACGCCGUGAUGGUGCACUACGACCAGGUGUUCCGGCUGAAGAGCCUGGCGACGAAGACCGACGUGUUCCACGUCCUGUCGGGCAUGUGGAUGAGCCCCGCCGAGCGGUUCUUCAUGUGGCUGGGCGGGUUCCGGUCGUCGGAGCUCCUCAAGGUCCUGGCGAGCCACCUGGAACCGCUGACGGACCAGCAGCUGAUGGGCAUCUGCAACCUGCAGCAGUCGUCGCAGCAGGCCGAGGACGCGCUGUCGCAGGGGAUGGAGGCCCUGCAGCAGACGCUGGCGGAGACGCUCGCGUCCGCGGCCGCCGCCGCCGCCGACAGCGUCACCAACUACGUGGGCCAGAUGGCCAUGGCGAUGGCAAAGCUCGGCACGCUCGAAAACUUUCUCCGGCAGGCUGAUCUGCUGCGGCUGCAGACGUUGCAGCAGAUGCACCGGAUCCUGACCACCCGACAGGCGGCGCGCGCGCUGCUCGUUAUCAGCGACUACUUCUCGCGGCUCCGGGCGUUGAGCUCCCUCUGGCUGGCGCGGCCGAGGGAUUGACUGUUUCGCCAUGUUUGUACACACUGGCAUCGCGAUCGCGAUGAGAACCAUGAGGAUCUCCCUGUAAUGGGAAGAACGCAACCGAGAGCUGCAUUUCAACUUCUUUGUGGCGUUAGCUGCCCUUGCCUGCUGAAGUUCAGCAACUGCUAGUCUGGUGUAACCGUAGGAAGUUCAGAGUCAGAACUCAUGCUAAUUAAUCCGUUCCAAGCCUAGAGGAGAUUUUUGUACAAUCAUCUCAUCUCUCUAAUCCACUACAAGUCCUGCCGGACGCUCGUAU